AUGGAGCAGCAGAACGUGCGUCUCGUGGAGAAGGAGGUGUGGAAGGCACUGGCCGCGCACAGGGAAGAGCAAAAGGCGAAGCAGGUGCACAUGCGCGACCUGUUCGCGCAGGACCCCGAGCGUUUCAGGCGCUACUCGUUCGAGUGGAACGACGGCGCCCUGCUGCUCGACUACUCCAAGAACAUCAUCACCGACGACACGCUCCGCCUCCUCCGCCAGCUCGCCGCCGACUGCGACAUCAAGGGCUGGACCGAAAAGAUGUUCAACGGCGAGAAGAUCAACUUCACCGAGAACAGGCCGGUGCUGCACGUCGCGCUGCGCAAUCGCUCCAACCGCGCGAUCAUGGUCGACGGCGAGGACGUGAUGCCCGCCGUGAACAAGGUCCUGCAGCAGAUGAAGGAGUUCACCAACUCGAUCCGCUCGGGCGAGUGGAAGGGCUGGACCGGCAAGGCCAUCACCGACGUGGUCAACAUCGGCAUCGGUGGUUCGGACUUGGGUCCGCUGAUGGUGUGCGAGGCGCUCAAGCCCUACGCGAACGGCAAGCUCAACGUCCACUUUGUGUCCAACGUUGAUGGCACGCACAUUGCGGAGGCGGUCAAGAGGCUCAAUGCUGAGACGACGCUCUUCAUCGUGGCCUCGAAGACUUUCACCACGCAGGAGACCAUCACCAACGCCAACUCGGCGCGGGACUGGCUGCUCAAGUCGCUGAACGCUCCCAAGGACGCGGUGGCCAAGCACUUCGUUGCUCUGUCCACCAACGAAGAGGGGGUCACCAAGUUUGGCAUCGACAAGGCCAACAUGUUCGCCUUCUGGGAUUGGGUUGGCGGGCGCUAUUCCCUCUGGUCGGCCAUUGGCUUGUCGAUCGCCACUUACAUCGGUUUUGAGAACUUUGAGGAGCUGCUCACCGGUGCCCACGAGAUGGACGAGCACUUCCGCACCGCGCCCAUUGAGCAGAACCUGCCCAUCACUCUCGCCGUGCUCGGCGUACAACAACUUCUUUGGCGCCGAGACGCAUGCCAUCCUGCCUACGAUCAGUACAUGCACCGCUUCCCCGCCUACUUCCAGCAGGGAGACAUGGAGAGCAACGGCAAGGGUGUCGACAGGCAGGGCAACAGGAUCAACAACUACUCGACUGGUCCCAUCAUCUGGGGUGAGCCUGGCACCAACGGCCAGCACGCGUUCUAUCAGCUGAUCCACCAGGGCACGAAGCUCAUCCCGGCCGACUUCCUGGCCCCCAUCGAGACCCAGAACAAGGUGGGCAACCACCACAUGAUCCUGCUCUCGAACUUCUUCGCCCAGACCGAGGCCCUCAUGCGCGGCAAGACCGAGCAGGAAGCUCGUGCUGAGCUCGAGAAGGCCAAGAUGUCCGCCUCGGCGAUUGAAUCCCUUCUGCCUCACAAGGUGUUCCUGGGCAACAGGCCCACCAACUCGAUUCUGUUCCCCAAGCUCACGCCCCGCGCCCUCGGCUCGCUGAUCGCUCUCUACGAGCACAAGAUCUUCACCCAGGGCAUCAUCUGGAACAUCAACUCCUUCGAUCAAUGGGGCGUGGAGCUGGGCAAGCAGCUGGCGCAGGGCAUCCAGAAGGAGCUCGACACCGACGCGGAGGUGGUGUCGCACGACGCCUCCACCAACGGGCUCAUCAACUACUACAAGACCUACCACAAGCAGCACGGCGCCAAGCUCUGA